AUGUCCGAGCCGUCGGCGAAUAUAAGGCAGGCUAGCAGCCCCUGCGAGGCGCAUAUACACCCGCACCCUGCCGCCCCUCCCACGAGUCACCAUGGUGUUGCGGACACGAAUGCGCUGCCACCAGCAUUGACACCUGCUACCACCACCAGGCAGUCGGUAGCUCUAGGUGUACUCUCAACGCUUUGGGGACAGAAUACUGCAUCCACCCACGAUAGCAUCAACAUCGCGAUCCCGUCCACCGCCGAUGCCCAUGAGCAACAUUUCGACCUAGCAGCGAGUACAGGUUCGGUGCCCAGUACAACCACGACUCUGACGAACACACUACCUCCGUUACAAUCCGCUGCAAUUCGUGCGCUGAAUGCCCCCGCAUUCCACGCCCAAAGCAAACCUGCAAAGUCUACGUCUAGCAAAACCACGGUCACGAGUCAGCCAGUCGUAGUUAGAACAUAUUCAGGAUCGCGACACACUUCUAGGCCAGGUUCUGGCUUGAACACCCCGCGCUCUUUUGCCAUGAACGGCCACUCGAACGCUUCUGCGCUGUCAGCUGGUUUAGCGCGCCAGAACGUACAGCUGCCUGCCAUCGACGACUUUUCGUUUUCGGCGAUCCUCCGUGCAGUUGACCCAGAGAUAAGAGAGGCCAUCGACGCCAUCGCUGAGAUAUGUGCAAAGAGUCGGUUGAGUUUGGCUGACGAGUACGACGCACAUCUGCCCCCUCAAGGUGAGAUAACAGGAGCGGGACUCGGUUGGGUUGCCAGUACAGGAGCUCUCGCUGGAAGAGGACGCUUGUCUCGAAUCAGUCAAGGGUGGACAGCUGCAGACAACACGCUGAUGGCUGUGCCUGAAGCGAGUAGUUCGACCGAGAGACUAGCACAGGAAGGUAGAGGUACAAUUGCUGAGGGAAAAAAGAAGAGAAGCCAGUCCGCGUAUGGCAGCUUAAAAAGCGUCAUCAGCGGUGGUAGUAGUGAGAAGAGGAAGUCUCUCAACAGCGACACUUUUCAUCACCCCGAAGCAGGUAGCUCGAAGGAGGAAGAGAAGCCACGGUUGCAAGGGCCCGCCUGGACCAUCAGGACCGCUUCGCAGAACGAGGACCACCCAGCUAUCACUCUUGGCACUACACCUCAAGCCUCGAAGCAGCUUGCUUUUGACGCAUCUUUGCUCCAGGAACUGCCAGAUACAGAUAGCACAUGGGGCUUGCGACCACGGACUGCCAUAUCCCAAAAAAGAGUGGUUCAUCAUCGCAAUUGGUCGACUGGUACUUUCUCUGUUGGCCAGUCGCACCUAAAGUCACGAUCGAACACAAUUUCUUCGUUGACUUCAUGGCUACCAUGGCCGCGCACAACUGGUCUGGACCAUGACCCGCAGCCAGAGCUAAUGAAAGCGGAGACCCGAUUACGUGAGAUGUUGGUAUCUUCCAAGGGUUCUGGGAAGGGGAAGACCAUCGUCAGUGCUGCUUGA